GUAAAGAUGAUAGGAGCGGUGCUGAGCACCGUUUUAACCGGGCUUUUGGCCCUGCUCGUUUACCAGAGGGUCUUUUAUCCCUUCUUCUGGGCGGACUUGAUUUAUUACCUCAAACUCCGGAGGUACAAGCGGACGGUGCAAGCUCGCGUGCAGCGAGGAGUCAUCACGUACCUCGACUGUUUUGUGCAGCGGGCACGGAGGAGUCCCACGAAGCCUUUCAUCAUCUUUGAGGAGCGGACACUGACGUACCGGGACGUGGACGGAAGAAGUAACCGGUUCGCGAGAGCUUUGGGAGCAGGCGGCUCUUUGAAGCAGGGCGGCUCUUUGAAGCAGGGCGGCAUUGUUGCUCUUUUGAUGAGCAACGAGCCGGACUUUGUGUGCGCGUGGCUGGGGCUGUGUAAACUCGGCUGCGAGGUGGCCUUCAUCAACACUAAUGUCAAAGCCAAGUCUCUGCUCCACUGCCUCCGGAGCUGUGGAGCCAGGACGCUUGUUGUCGGAGCAGAUUUGGUGCAUUUAGUGAAGGAGGUGCUGCCUGAUCUGAAACAGGACAACACAGAUGUGUGGGUGGUGGAUUACACAUCUGCGGAGUUCAACACUUUGUUAGAUAAAGUGGAAAAUGUUUCUGGAGAAACUCUAGAGGACAUCCCAAAAGUUAACAUCAUGUCCAACUUCCUGUUGAUUUUUACCUCUGGCACCACAGGUCUCCCAAAGGCAGCCCGUGUUGGUCACCUGAAAGCCAUCGGCAGCAUGGCCUUCUUUGACAUGUGUGGCGCAACGUCUGAUGACAUCAUUUACAUUACUCUCCCUCUUUACCACAUGUCUGCCUCUCUCUUAGGGAUUGGAGGAUGCAUACACCUUGGUGCAACAUGUGUGCUGAGAAAGAAGUUCUCCGCCAGUCACUUUUGGAAGGAUUGUCUGCGACACAAUGUGACGGUGGUGCAGUACGUCGGCGAGCUGUGUCGAUACCUGCUUAAUCAUCCCAAGGUUCCAGAAGAAAAAGCCCACUGUGUUUGGUUGGCAGCAGGAAGUGGCCUCAGGUCGGAUAUAUGGAAAAAGUUUAUGACCCGGUUUAGUAUUCGUACAAUCAGGGAGGGUUACGGAUUGACUGAGACCAGCAUCGGCUUCCUCAACUACACCGAUGAGGUCGGGCCAAUUGGGAGGGCCAGCUACUUCAACAAGCUUUCUAUGCCUUUUGAGCUUUUGAGAUAUGAUCCACAAACCUACGAGCCAGUUCGAACAAACUCUGGAAGAUGCAUUCAAGCUCAGAAAGGAGAGGUGGGGAUCUUGGUUACUCCGAUGACUGCAAUGAACCAGUUCCUGGGCUAUGCUGGGAACAAGGAGGGGUCUGAGAAGAAGCUGCUACGAGAUGUGUUUAAAGUUGGUGAUGUCUACUUCAACACUGGAGAUCUGCUGCUCUGUGAUCACAGGGACUUCCUGUACUUCCAUGACCGGAUUGGAGACACGUUCAGAUGGAAAGGAGAGAAUGUAUCUACCACAGAGGUGUCAGAGGUGUUGGGUCUUCUUGAUUUUAUCCAGGAGGCCAACAUCUACGGAGUCUCUGUACCAGGAUAUGAAGGUCGAGCAGGAAUGGCUGCUAUUGUGUUAAAACAGGAUCUCGAGCUGGAUGGGAAGAAACUCUAUGAGCGUUUAUUGAAAGCUCUGCCUCCGUAUGCGUGGCCCCGCUUCCUCAGAAUACAAACAAGUGUGGACGUCACGGACACCUUCAAACAGCAGAAGCUGAAACUGGUCCGAGAUGGUUUUAAUCCAGAUGUGACGCAGGAUCCUCUGUAUUUCUUAGAUGUCUCUCAGAAAGAUUACAUUCCUCUGACUUCAGCUCUAUAUCAAGACAUUGUGUCUGCAGCAACCAGUUUGUGA